AACUCCUUUCCCAGCAUUGCAACUCUUUGAAAAUCUUCCACACAAUGCCGUCUUUUUCAGGAGAGAUCCUUUGACCGCCCACCACGAAUCGAAAAGCAUGUCUCGCCCAACCCCUCUAGAGACGUUUCAACGUAAGACGGACAGCAAUACUGAUCGAAUUCAUCACUGGAUACAUACGGGGGAACAUAAAUUUGUGACAAGCAGUGUUGAAAGCAAAGCAAACGGCAGCACAAUCUGGACGGAGACAAUAGGCCAUGAUGCUAUCGGAAAAGCAGUCAGCGUUCCAUCCAAGGAUAUCGCCGAGCCUUCUCCAGGCAGUGCCAGUAGUUAUUUAACAGGAGAGUCUAUAACGGAGCAAAAUUCCGAGCCCGAGCCCGUUGAGUUGCUUGUUGGUUGUGAGGACGAUCUUCUGAUACCUAGCACAGAUCAGAUCAAUUGCACUUUCUUAAGGUGUCAAAAUAUCUGGCGCGCCUAUGUCGCCGGCGCUGAUUCUCUGGCAUCUGGCUGUAUGCCAGCGGAGACUUUAGAUCCUUACAUCCUGAUGCAAGAUGUACCGCCCCUCCCUCAAGAUCUGCACAAGAAGAAGAUCAUCAAAGGACGGGCAUUGUGGCACGUACCAUGUCCCGAACUCCCUACGUCUUGUAGGGGUCAGAAGCACGAUGAUAAUGAGAUCUGGAAUCCAGAGCAUGUUUACGGCGUCGAGAAGACUUUCUAUCUUUGGACAGACAAGCCUACCAAGUGUGGGAUAUCCUCGCGACCUGACUUUCGUCACGGCACUAGUGGUGAACAACCCUCAGGAAAUUCUCCGAAUGGUCUUGCUAUACUCAUAUUAUGCUGGUCAUACAUUUUAUCUGUACGACUUCUCGAAAUGCAGAAGAGACGCAUUCAAUAUUCAUCUACGAUCUCAUCACCUCUCUUCACUGAAGACGUUAGACCUCAAUCUAGCGAAAUUGUUAUUCAUCUUGGCCAUGCCUCAAAGGAGCUCGUUAGAUGGCUUCGCGCUGUUCUUGCACAAAGUUCGGGAUGGUUUGUAAAGGGCCGUAUGCCACCUUGGACCGCACACUAUGAAGGAGACAUUCGCUUCAUAAUCGCCACGGCUCUGCCAUUUACUGAAUUCGGAAACGAGAAGCCUCCUUCUUCUAGUGAAGCCGCAGACCUUCUUGUCGAAUUCUGCGGGUUAUAUCCUUUUGGGUCUCAGCCCACAGCGGCCUUCUUAGCGGCACUGAUGUUACCAUUUCACAACGAACGGGAUCUUCAGCCUCAACUUCCUAUGCCGAGAAUCGCUGAACAUCCGAAAAUACGCGCUGCGGCUUCAGAACGCAUUCGAGAAUUUGUUAACGACCUUCCAUACUUCAUGACCUUAAGCAUAAGCCCACGAUAUUUAGGCUCUGCAAUCUGGAGCAUUUUUUGGGAGCCAGGUGUCCAGUGUAAUCUUGCUAGCUCAUGGCUUGGCUCAAUACACCAAAUGAUCUCGCCGAUCCUCGAGACUGGCGACAUAGAAAGAUUGGCAAAAAUCUUCGCGCUUCGCCGGCCGCGACUUGCCCCGUUAUGGCUUGGCAUGUUCCUUUGUGGCUGUCCUGAGGUAAUAGAUAUGAUUAGAUCAUAUCUGCAAUCUCUAGAAGAACAGCCUUAUGAUGGCUCUUGGGCGCGUCCAGAUCCCGAUGUUGCUGUCUGGACUGGUUCGCGUCAGUCAUUCUUCGAUGAAGAUGGCUCAGGUCCCUACCUAAGUCAGAAUGCACAGGUUCCGAGGGCCGAUUUAUUCCGCCAUCGUUUCAACUUCCGACUAGGAGAUGGCGCCGACAUUAUUCACUUUGGAUGGCAGCCUUUUGGCACAGUAAAGAAGACGGAGAUUGAACCUGAACUUUGGCCAAGACUAGAAUGCAAACCGCAACCACGGAAAUACAUACACUGGGUUUGGUGGUUAGCAGAGAACAAGAGUGUGAUUGAACGAGGCCUCAGACAUGAUAAGGGCAAACACACAGAUAGUGUGGCUGAGGAGUUGGACUCUGCCAGUUCAACGGUAGUGAUUCCUAGCGGAUUUCACUGUGAUGUCAGGCUUGAGCCAUCCAAACAGGCAACGUUUCGUAUUUUGGAUUGGGGUUCAAAGAUGGCAUCAGGAGAACGGAGUAUUGAAGCUGUGGCGAUCCCUGGAAUCAGGCAACAUCCGUGGCUUGCAGAUGCACGAGAGAUUGCGUGAGGAUUCAACGCACGGCAUAAGGGAUGUACGAGCACAGCGUGACUGGGAGCUGUAUCUGCAGAACGAUACUCGUACUUCCAGCCACCUGUAACCGCAAUGUGUUUGUGAUGGCGGGCCUCGCACUUGUACUCGGCGCUCCAGUACCAGUCCCACCAGUCUCCUAACCCCGAGGCAUCGGCCCGGUCAUUUCCUUUUACUGCGCUCGUGCUCGCAGAGCCAGGAUCUUCAAUAUGAGUAUUACUCAUAUCCUCCACAAGCCCUGCUGUAUACCUGAUACGCUGCUGAUAUGUCCCAGGACUCCACGCAAGCGGAUUUUCAGACUCCCCAGAAUCAGUUCGGGUGUAUCCGCUUUGUGCCAUAGACCAAGGCCCGCCCUUUUGGGGUGUGGGAAUUGACUCUUCGGCCCCGCCAGUAUUGACCUGGCUGUCGUCAAUAGUGGUUGUCUUCACUACGAUCCAACGGCCUAUAGCUUGAGUGGCCUGGUACAUAUUCGUGA